AGAUUCCAUUAAAACGUACAGACCGAUGACUGCUCUUUUUGCAUCGGUUCGUCAAAAUGACUUACACGGCAGCUAUGGAGGAAAAUGGCUUGAGCAAGUACUGGGCAGAACAAGCGCGUCCCCAGAAACGUGGAGAUUAUUUGGACCGAAACUCAGUCCCUCUCAGUGUCCCGCCCCGUGGCCGUGCGCAGUUGGCUGUUCCCUAGGUCCGGGUGGAUGCUGCGGGGGGUUUGCCCGGGUGCGCUCUGCUGAAUGCAGCACUAGACCAGCUCAAAACACAAAGCAAGCAGCCGAGCGAGGGGCGGCCGCCCAGCCGAGCAUACUCACGGCUGGGGUCCGGGAUCCCUGCGAUCCCUGCGAUCCCUGCGAUCCCUGCGGUGCAGCCGCCAAGGGACAGCGCGAGGCGGCGCCGGGUCUGCUCGCCAACCCCACGCGCCACGGCCCAGGGACCUGCCAAGCCUGCCCAGUUCCCCCCUGCAGCGGGCACUUGAGAAAACCCAGCCCCGAGCUCCGCGCAGUCUGCGCGGCGCCCGCGGCUUCGACUUUUCCUGUUGGGGGGUCCCGCCGGCCGGCCGCGCUCCCCACCUUGCCUGCGUCCGCGCCAGCCGAGCACAUCUCCACGCACCGAGCAUCCAGAGAGUCGCGCCGCGCGCCGACGGAGCGGACAUGGGCAGAGCGAUGGUGGUCAGGCUAGGGCUGGGGUUGCUGCUUCUGGCACUGCUCCUACCCACGCAGAUUUAUUGCAACCAAACAUCGGUUGCACCAUUUUCCGGGAACCAGAGUAUCUCUGCUGCCCCAAAUCCAACUAAUGCUACCACCAGAUCUGGGUGUAGCUCCCUGCAGUCCACAGCCGGUCUCCUGGCCCUCUCUCUCUCUCUCCUACAUCUCUACUGUUAGAGACUCAGGCCAAGAAACGUCUCUACUUCCCCAUCUAGACCCACCCCGAAUGGCAACCACAAGUCCAAUGUGAGUGACCAGGAAGAGACAGGUCCACAUCAAAUCGGCUGUUACCAUUACCUCAACAGAAAACACUGAGAAUCCGAAAUUCGACUGGCUUAAAGGACGCGUGAAGGGUUUGAGAGCUGAGAGAUGCCAAUAUGGGAUCUGCUGGAGUUUUAUGUCCGAGAUGAAGACAAGCAUCCAAAAUUGACGUGAUUUGCUCGAAAUGUGGCUUAAGAAAUGUGGACACUUAAAACUCUCACUCGAAAUCGGGCGUAGGUUUGAUGUAGAGGGAGAAGGAUGGGGUGUGGAAUGGAGGUCCAUUAUUUUCAUUGGUUCCUUCGACCUAUAAGGCCAUAAUGCAGUUAGGUGGUAUUCAAAAGCUUCUCUGAUGCUAUUUCUGUGUAUGUUGGAAGGAACUACCAGGUGUUAUUUUAAAUCCCCGAUGUGUUGUUUUGUUACUACUAAUUUAAUAGGCUAAACUCUAGGUGAAGUCCCACGUCGUUGACCUCUAGUUCUUCUCUCCGGAACAGAACGUUUUACACCCUCCUUCUGUGGCUUUAGGUCUGACAUAUUGUAUUUGACCUUUGUUAGUAAUUGACACGGGCCAGGCAACGAUGGAUUGGAACCCACCCCCAAAUCCAGCCACCCCUGAGUAAAUCUGAUUUCAAAAGUCACAACGGCAAAGCAUUUCCCAGUGUCUUUUCUCACUCACCACGGGUACUAAGUUCACUUAGGUGAGCUGGUUCUCCAGAGAGCAGAAUUCUGUUGAUCUCGGCUAAUCUCCAAACGCUGCGUUUUAUUUUGGCAUAUGUCGAGGGCUUUUCAUGAUUUAAAGCGUGGUCUGUUAGCAAGGCCAAAAUUAUGAGUCUUGAAAUUCUACAGGCAAAUAUGCAACCCAGCAUUUGGGAUGUGAGGACUGGAAGCUCUCACAGAAUUCACAAAGUCUUUUAUACAAUUUCUGUAAAUACUUUUUUUUUUUUAAAGAGAAAAACAAAACCAUGGAUCGGAAUAACCACGUUUGGAAUACUUUGGUUAUCAGUUCAUAUUUUUAGAUAGUUUGACAUUGGUCCUGUGCCUGAGAGGGGGUUUGGUUCUACAGUAAGUUUUUUUUUUUCCCCCAAUUUCCUUGAUACACACAUACCUUCUAAAACACAGACAUUUCCUCAAAAAAAAAAAAAAAUUCCUUUUGUUCGCAUGGUCACACACUGAUGCUUGCCCAUUCUGGGAUCUAAUACGGUCACAGUAGUCUUGAUAACCAGAAUCAUUUUUUUCUCCGUCUUUAGAAACCUACCCGGGAACAAGGAGACCUCACAGACCCGAAGCUACUGUGUGUGUGAAUGAACACUCCCCUUGCCUCAUACCCGAAUGCUGUACAUCUAUUUGAUUGUAUAUUGUGUUUGUGUAUUUAUGCUUUGAUUCAUAGUAACUUCUCAUGUUAUGGAAUUGAUUUGCAUUGAACACAAACUGUAAAUAAAAGAAAGAAAUGGCUGAAA